AUGUCUCACCAGGCACACAACAUUCCCUGGAACGUAUUCGGCUCCAAUCUCAAAUUCCGCACUAGAAUCCCCUGUGCAGACGACGGGGCAGGCUUGCAUUUCCGCUUCAGGCCUACGCAGGGCAAGGAGCUCACACACUUCGUCAACGCCUUCACGCGGAACAUCCACCAACAUACAGAUUUAGAGCGUCAGAAAUAUCCGGAGGCACAUGAUGUCCUAGGCUCGGAUGACAUAGCUCUAGAUGACCGUGUUGCUCGCAUAAUCACGCCCGCAGUCCGCCUGUGGCGCUCGGAGAGGCGGGACAAGCUUGGCGAGGUUGACGAGAGCCCAACCAACGCGCUUUGCCAUCAUUCUGAGCCAGACGAAAGAUGUCGCUGCCCUCUUUCACACAGUCAAAGAAAGAUGGUCUCUUUCCUCCACAAGUAUAGGUGGUCUGAUUGUUACAAGUUCUUUGAUGACCACAAGGAUGAUUAUCUUGGUCUUGAGGUGUUUAAAUCGCUUCUCAUGCACGGUGAGAUGGAUACGCUCCUCAAGAUUUGCGCCCAUCCAGACGUGGGAUUUCCAAGCUGGUGGGAUGCGCAGUUGUGCUUGUGCAACCCACAAGACCUCGGCCGCGAUUACUUGGAGUACGCGCUGGACGCUUACCUUGUGCUCAACAUCUUUCUGUCGUCCUUCCCCGAAUCAUGGGCCCCUGGCCGCUCUGAUCAAGACUACCGGCGAACAAAGCAGGCAUCCGAGCUGGCCACGCAUCCUCAUCGUCAGUUCUUUGGCAUCGCACGUGGCCAGUUCAACUCAUAUUCCGGAUUCAAAUGUCCUACGUCAUCAAAACGAAAAGACAGAUUUUCGGGUACGAACCAGCCAUAUGGGCGUCUAACCUACGAGGAGUUUCUGGAGAGCCAAACGACAAUGGACUUCCUGCCCUCAUUGUCCGACGUCCUGCAUGUGCGCUGGGUAUUAUGCGAGAAAGGUCUUCCAGUAGAAGUUUCACAACUCAUUCUUGACAAGGCGCUGUAUAGACCCCAACGCAGACUGAAAGUGCCCCACGACCCUCUUCACCCUGAAAAUAUCGAAGAGUUGAACAAAUACCUCAAGUUCUGCUGGCUGGUCCUGGUACGGUCUGAAGUUGUGGCGAGAGAAGUCGGUAUGAAGAUACCAUGGAAGGAUUUGCUUUCCGAAUCAAUUGAGCGUUUACUUGGUUGUUCGUGUAGAAAGUUGCUGGAGCGGGGUGAACCACCUGAUGACGACUUGGUGUGGUUCAAAUAA